AUUUAUCAGAAAUGUAAACACUUCCUACUCUAACAAAUGGUGUUGAAGUUCAAAUGAUUGUGAAAUAUUACAAGACUAUAGCUUGUAUUAGAGAGUUGCUAACCGGAGGUGGUCUCGACUUUGUCAACAUAAUAAAUGCUAACUAACAUAAGAAUAUGAAUAUGUGGAAUAUCACUGGCAAUAAGUAAGUGUUUAAAUUCAUGCAAUUGCAAUGAAAUACUUUGGAACAAUAUCAACCGAUCACCACGAAUCCAGCAAUGAAAUAAAGGUUAACUUAGCCUUGAAGCCCAGUAGAAAUUAUUGUGUGGAUUAAAAACUUUUAAAGAGCUGAAAACAAACUAUUAAAGAGGCUAAUUUGGAUUUACAAUAUGUGAUCUUCCCUCACCACCUUGAUGGUAUAUUCCUCAGCACCAUAGUUUAUACAGGAGUAAUUGUAUGAAAGCUAAUAUGUAAAUACUCAAUAGAACAGCUAUAUAUAAUAUAUGUACAUGGAUUCAUCAAUACAUAAAUAAACACAAUCAUAUAAAUCCAUUUAUCAACAUUUUUGACAUUUGCUAUAAUAGACUGUUCACUGGUCGUUUAUCAAACCUACUGGAGUGGAGUUUUUUCUUCAGAGAAUAAUGUAUCAAUCACAAAGGUUACGUUUUGAUGAGUGUUGGAUUGACGAUUUAUCACCCCUGAGACAGUACUAUGCGAGCAAAGGAAGGGAAUAACAAUGCGAAAGCAGAGGAGCAGAAAGAAGAACUCUCAAUUGGAACUGGAGCAUCAAUAAAAUUCUGGUUGGCAGCAAUGAGAAGUCAAAUUAUUCGAUUAGCACCUUUUACAAGGAGAUCAGGUAUCAUGAGUGUGCGACUCUCCUUUUUGAAUAUCUUGAAAAUGACAAUAGGACUUUUAUUUGUCAUUAUGGGAUAUCAUUACAUCACAAUGUCAUCGUCAAAUGAUGAGAUCAAUCAGUCAUUGAAGGCAAGGAAAAAUAAGCCAAGGGAGAAACCAUACUUUAAAAGUUUGUAUAUCAAAAACAUUCCAAAGCUGAAACCUCAACAAAUAAUGGAACAGUACACCAAAUGGCAUAACCUCAUGUUGACCAACAAGGAAAUACCAUGCGAUCAAAAAAAGGCAAUCAUAUUCAUACCCAGUGCUGGAUUCGGGGACUCCAUGCAUGCCCUUUCUGCUGCAUAUUAUAAAGCAAUUCAAACAAGUUUCAUUUUCACGAUGCAAUGGAACUUUUUUGACUGGGAUACAACCUUCGAGCCUUCAAAAUUGAAGUGGAACAUACAUGAUGCAUUAGAAAAUGAAUGGCUUUGCAAAAACAGUACCAUUAUUGAAAUCAGGGGUCAUGUUGCUGUUGGAAACCCAAUUCUCACUGAGCCAAAAGUAAACAAUCUCCAAUAUAGCCUUGGUGAUCAUCUAGUCUGGUCGUAUUUUAUGCAACUUAAACCUAAUGUCAAAACUGUUAUUGACAAUGUUAUGCAACAGUUUCAAGAUAAACACAUGGUUGCCUUGGUAAUCAGAACAGGAAAAUCAGACUAUAUGCGCUUCCUUUCUGAUGGCGAUGAAUUCAAAUUCAUAGACUGCUACAACAAAUAUAUGAAUGAGCGAAAAAUUGAUACAGCAAAUGUAAAACUGUUUGUUACAAGUGAUGAGGAUUAUGUCAUUAAAAACGUUGCUAAAAAAAUUGGCAAAAAUAAUGUGAUUUACACAGAUAUAUCUUCCCCUGUUCAUGUUGCCCAUUUAGAUAAAUAUGAUGACAAAACCAAAACAAAAGGUGUCAUUAAAACUAUGGCAGAUUUUUUCAUAAUUUCUAAAGCAGACAUUGUGUUCCUGACCAAAGGUUCCUUAUUUGGGGCUGCGGCAACAGAGCUCGGCAACAUUCCAUAUGAUCGGAUAUUCACCAUAAGUGAUAAAAACUGCGAUAAACAAGGCCAUCCACGUGGUUGUGCAUCACCUAAAUAUCCACCUUUUUGUGAAAAGUAGUCGUUGGUUCUUCAUACAUGGUACUGACUGGCAAACCUAUUCUCACUCGGUGGGAUAUCAUGUAAAAUUAUUCCAGACUUUCAAAAUGAAUGUAUUAUCCAGUAGAGUAAAAACGGGUGGAAAUAGGUAUAAAAAGCAUGAACUGAAGAAGGAAUAGAGUAAACAUGCAGAGAACGCCAAAAUCAGAGAUCUUAUAUGAAAUACAUCUAUGUAGAGAAGACCAUACAGAU